UAUGGCGGACGCAGCCGCUCUUUCUCAAGCCCAAAGCUAUAUUUCUGAGCGUCGCGGUUAAAUACAGACCACAAGCAUAUUUCCACAUAACAAUGACUUGCCUUUAAGAUGAGGAAUAUCAGUCAUGUCUCUUUUGAAGAAAGGAGGCUACACAAGUUAUGUUUCAACGCGCUCAGAAGAUGACUCGGUAAUUGAUCAUGAAAUACAAAAUGUCUCGUCAUCCCGGGUUUAUAUCUUUGGGAAUGAUCGAGCAGAAGAAGUUGGGAUCGAGGAUGGUUCCGUGGAGAUGACAGAGCUUAGACCAAGGAGUAGAAACAAGAGAUCAUAUGCAUCCACUAAAAUAGCCUCUAAACAGUCUAAGAAGACGGAAACUAUCGAUCGUGAGAUUCAACCCUCUGAUACCAUUCAAAGUUUCUCUUUACAAUACGGUUGUACGAUUGCAGAGCUGAAGAAGGUUAACAACCUUUACAGUGAUCAAGAUUUUUAUGCACUUACCACCAUUAAAAUCCCAGUCCAACCACAUGGGAUAUUGACUGAAGUUUCUGACAAAAAGCAAAAACCACCACCUCUCAAAAUACCAGGGAACCAGCCUUCCACGUCAGGGGCAGAUAACGAGAAUGAGAACGAUGAGUCUGAUUAUGAUGACAUGGAGCCUAAAGGAGAGUGUGUUAGAACUGUCAGUAUCCGCUCUGCUCUUGACUCACCAAACAGCUUUUUACAGCACAUGGACAAUGAUCUUAAACUUAUUUGCAAAUCAACACCUCUGCGGAAGAGUAAUCUUGAUGAAGUCACAAGAACACUGACAAUUAAUUGUAUAAACCCUAUAAAACUCAGAAAACAGCAAGAAAAGACACUUGGUGCUGCUUGCGGCAUUGGAUGGAAGGGAGUACUGGUACUUGUUUUUAUUGUUGGUCUAGUACUGCCUGGAUUUGUUGCCUUUUUAUAUCUCAGAAAGAAGUAUACAGAUCAGGACCAAAGUUCUGGUAAUAGCUGACCAAAAUAUAUUUUUAUAUUUAUGGCACAUACUGACCCAAAUUUUGACUAUUUAAAACCCUUUGUACAAAAGAUUGAAUGAUACAAUUUUAGAAAUGAAAGUGAACAAGAAAACAGAGUUGAGUUCAAUUGGUGAUAUACACAGUCAAAUUAAAAGGUUAAUUUUAUGAAAAUUUACAAUGAUAGUGAGAUUUAAGUUGCAAAGUUAUAUAAAAAAUGUAAUUUCUGAUCAGAUGUCAGCUUCCACUAUGGUUUUCUGGGGGAUUCCAUAAGUGGGGUGGGAUGAGAUGGGUCAUAUGGAAAGUACAAUAUUGUUAAAUGCUUCUAAGCACUCCUUACCUGUGUGUAAGCUUAGGACAUUUUUCCAGUUGUUCCAAACCAUACUGGAUGACUAUAGUUUCUUUUGUGUUGCCUUGGACUUAUUCCCAUCCUAACAAUCUAGGUGAAAACUAAUUCAUCCCACAUGAGGAUCUUUUCAGCUGAGUGUGUGUAGUUAACUUUGUUUUCCCUGGCACUGGCAUUUUGCCAUUCAGUUGGAACACAGCUUAUCACAUCACUUUGUGAAACACACAAAUAAGAAAUAAGGAAGGAGGCUUGGUUCAAAACUUUAAAGCAAUUUGGACCACAACCCUUAAUCCAUAGGGCUAGCCAAACAGAUCAAGGCUAUCUGGGGUAGACUGUCUUUACUGCCUUUGCCAUCCAAGAUUCAUGCACAUGACUAGUUCUAACAAGCCCCCAUGUAGCAUGCUUAAAUGAAGUAUUAUUGUUGUUCUUGUUGUUGUACUCAAAUGUCCAACUAAUUUUGCAAGGCAACCAAAAUUAUUAGUAACAAAAUGUUCCUGGAAUAGUGCAUUCUCUCAACUUAAAGAGUAAGUUUGCGAAGUAACCAUUAAGGAGUUAGAGUUAUCAUAUCAUCUUUGCUUCCAUUAACAGCUGAACAGUACAUAAUUAUAAGUUAUCAAUGGUAGAUUACAAUUGUAAUGAAGACACCUGCUGCUUUUUUUUUUUUUUAACAAGUCAUGCAUCAAUAUCUGAGUUGUUGUUUAAAAACACUGUCGUUUCAAAGGGCUACUACUGUUUGUCAAGUAUUAAUUUAUUGAGAAAUUUUUAGUAAUAAAGGAAUCUCAAAUGCA